AUGCAGCGCUACAAGGAGGCCCUGAAGAUAUCCUUGAGGCGCCCACGCAUCGGCCCGAGAGACUGGAAGACCUCGCCCCAGACCGACAACCUAGCGGAGGACAGUGAAGACAGGCGCAGGGCUCUACUAAGCCAACCGCAUCACCGCCGCCAAAGCCAAACACAAAGCUCGGAUAUCUCAACUGCUCCCGCCUCGCAACGCAAACAAUCCACCGUCCCCGACUUGCCUACUAUGCCGGAGGACGUUCCAUGCACUGAUCGGUCUUAUUGGACGACUUCGUACCAACUGCAGCACCCGGACGACCCCACCCGAUGUCCCCCGUCCGCACCUCCCUUGUCCCCCACGUCGACAAUCAACAGUGACCGCCCAUCUGAACCCCCAGUGCCAUCCUCCUCCGUCGCCAAAACAUCCACUGCGACGGCUUCGGCACCCACCGCCACUGCACCGUCAAAUGCCAACCUCACUACCGCUACUAUCAGCGAUGUGGACUCGGUUCAUACCUGUCCUCAUUGCGAUCGUACCUUCAGCUCACACAUCGGUCUGGUCGGUCAUUUGCGAAUACAUCGCACAGCGACUGGCGAACCGGUGCCUGGAGCACCACUAUCCACCAGACGCAUCCGCCUCAACUGCCCUCACUGCGCCCGUACAUUCACCCGUCGCAUGGGCCUAUAA